AUUGAAUUCUUAGAAUUCUGUAAUGUCCUAGAAAAUAUAGCAAAUACUACAAAAAGAUUAGAAAUACAGAAAUGCUUAGGUAAUUUCCUCAAAUCCGUUAUUAGGAGAGACAAAGAGUCGUUGAUUCCAAUAUUAUUCCUUUCAAGUGCCACAGUAUAUCCGCAAUUCACGAAUAUUGAAUUAGGAAUUGGAGAUUUUACUAUUCAGAAUACAGUUUGUGAAGCAACUGGUUUGUCUAUUAAAUCAGUCAGAUCUGCGCUAAUAAAAAGUGGUGAUUUGGGCACAAUUGCUAUGGAAAGGCGUGUAGCUCAAUUAAUUAUUGUAAAAAUUCAUCUUACAUGCUGGGAUGUUUUUGAAAAAUUGAAAGCAAUUGCCCGUUCAACAGGAAGGUCUAGUACUAAUCUAAAGAGAAAUAUUAUGCUGAGUCUCAUAAAUGUUGCUUCUCCAUUGGAAACUAAAUAUUUGAUUCGACUUUUUGAAACCAAACUAAAAAUAGGUUUGGCCCUACAGACUAUUCUUAUUUCUAUAUCGGAGGCAUUUGACUGCAUGGACUGCCAGAUUGUUAAAUCUGCUUAUAAUAAAAAUCCGGAUUUUUCUAACCUGAUUAAAUUGAUUUUUAAAUUUGGAAUUGAAAAUUUAGAACAAUAUUCUAAGAUUAUGCCUGGAAUUCCACUAAAACCAAUGUUAGCUACUCCCACAAAUAAUUUGACAAAAGCAUUUUCCAAAUUUGAGGGAAGUAAAUUUAUUAGCGAAUAUAAAUACGAUGGUGAACGAGUGCAAAUUCACAGUUCCGGUAAAAUUUCCACAGCAGAAGAUAUGGAUGGAUUAAAGAAUAUAGAAGUUGGAUCCAUAAAUUCAGAGUUUACAAAUACUAAAAUAUUCAGUCGGAAUAUUGAAGAUAUUAGCAUAAAGUUUCCAGAUAUUGUCGAAUUGAAGCUAUCUGAAAAAUCAUUUAUUUUAGAUGGAGAGGCUGUUGCAUUCUCUGAUGGAAAAAUUCAACCAUUUCAAUUGUUAAGUACUCGAAAGAGAAAGAACAUUGACAAAAUUGAGGUACAAGGAGUUAUUGGAUUUGACACUUCAGGAACGAAGGGUAGAUUUCAAUUUGCAAAAUACGAAAUCUGUAAAUCUUUGGACGAUAUUGAUUCAAUAUUCAAAUCAUCAAUAGAAAGCUGUUGUGAGGGAUUAAUGUUGAAAUCAUUAGAAUGUUUGUAUAAGCCUUCCCAUAGAUCUAACAGCUGGGUCAAGCUAAAAAAAGACUAUUUGGAUAAUCUGGGCGAUACUAUUGAUUUAGUGGUGAUAGGUGCAUUCUAUGGUAAAGGAAAACGCACAGGGAUGUAUGGGGGAUUUCUUUUGGCUGUUUUUAAUGAUGAAACUGAAAAAUAUGAAGCUAUUUGCAAGAUUGGAACUGGAUUCUCCGAUGAGAAUUUGAUGAAUUUUUAUAACAAAUUGGUAACUGCAAUAGAUAAUUCUGAAAUAGAAUCGACCAUUACUCCUGAUGUGUGGGUUAAGCCUGUAAUAGUUUGGGAAGUCAAAGCAGCAUCAUUGAGUUUGAGUCCACUUUAUUCUGCUGGGAUGAUCGAUGGUAAAGGUAUUUCGCUUAGAUUUCCACGAUUUAUUAGAGAAAGAGAAGAUAAAGGCCCAAAAGAUGCUACAUCGAGUUCACAAAUAGUGAGAAUGUAUGCCGAUGAAGUGAAUGGUGUUGAUGAAGAUGAUGAGUUUAAU